UCUUCGAAUGAGAACAAGAAGACGGGAACUCGCUGUUCGGACGGAUUAGGGCUUAAUUACACCUUACCAAUGUUCAACGAAUGUAAGAAGAAACUGCAUUCUAAUGGCAGCAUGGUACAGACCAUUCCAAAGCUCGUCCCAUACACAUCUAAGGAAGCUGCUUGUCCAAGAAGGAAGAGUAAAUUGGGGAUCCCACCCGGACACAGAGUGUGCAGAUUUCCUGAUUGUGGCGAAAAUCCCUGUCAAAACGGCUGGUGUGAGGAGAAUAUGGAGAACUUCAAAUGCCACUGCUCUACCGGAUAUCGAGGCAAACGUUGCAAUGAACAAUCAACUACAGAACAAGAUACCACGACGAUGUCCACGAUAGAAUCUACCACCUCACAUCCUACGACUACUCCAAUCGGUGUUUCUGAUGAAAAUUCUUCAAAAAUCGUUGCUGACAAAGACACCACGACCACCAUCAACGCCACCACCACCACUACAACCACCACAAAGUCAACAAGUACCCUGACCGAUGAAGCAAGUAGUGAGACCCCGCAACUAACGACCACGGCAACUUCAGCAUCGACAACGAAAUCCCCAACAACGCCUUCACAAGACCAAUGUCCCGUAUUCCAUACACCUGACGUGGGUGAUACCAGAGUGUACACCUUUCCCGGCUUCUGGAUUGCUGAGAAUGUGACGUCAUUUGACUUCUUGGUCAGCGCUGACAAUGAUGCGCACAUUGGACUCUUCGCAAGUAACGUGACACACGAAAAAUAUGAAAUAGCUAUCGGUGGAUGGAGCAAUACUGGUGGACAUAUCGUACGAGCUGCCAGUUCCGGUACUUCUAUGUGGCAAGUAUUAUCUCCUUCCAAAGUAAUCUCUGUCCGUCUUUCGGGAAUUCAGGUUUACAACCACUACCAGCUAUCCUUUGCCAACGGUCAUAUUAAGUUAAGCCUUUAUGGUACACAACUGGCCCUUAUGAGCGCCACUGAUCCGAAUCCUCUUGCAGUCACCUAUGUCGGAAUAUGGACUGGAUAUGGAUCACAAGGGUAUUGGAAAUUCCCGACAUUCUGCCAGGAAAGCCAACGUCAGGAUCCUGCAUAAAUGCUGGUUGAGAUAUGAAGACCAGAAAUUAAUUGAAUCUUAAAGUCAAUCGCUGUUAAACUUGGGAUUGUCACUGAAUUUAAAACCUUCAUUAUAAGCCUUUUCUCGUGAUGAUAUACAGGGCAUCGUUUCACGAAGCAGUCGUAAGUAAAGUUCGCCGGCAUCCCAUGUAAUACACGCGUUUUAAUCGGAUAAUAGUGAACUUGUACGACGGUUUCGUGAGACCUUAACCUGUUUUAUACAACUAUAUUUUUAUAGCAUGGUAAAAUACAAUAAUGUGACAUUAUUAAUCCCAGUAAUGGUAGGUCGUCUAUAUGGAAAACAGCCGGAAGAAAGACCUUGUAAAGAAUUCUUAAAUGAUUAUUUAAAGAAUGUGGAGUUCAUUGCAGAGAAAUUAAAUUUAUUUCCUUUUCAUACCCCGUGCAAUUUGUUAAACAUAGAGAGCAAUACAGUAAACAAAACCCAAAAUCAGAAAAUAAAAGAAGGCGAAAUAAAAGUAGGCGUAAAUAGAAGAUGGCGAAAAUGAAGAGGUAAUCUGAAGAUCGUAGCAUUUGGGUAAAUAUUUGUUGUAUAAAUUAUUGAGGUCAUCAAACCUGUCAAUAUUUUGACUGAUGACCGUAUUUAUUUUAAAGAUGAAUUCUUGAUAUGAUAAGACUGGAAGAUGCCUAUAUAGAAAGUUUAAAUGUUGUAAACAUAUCAAAAUCACAAUUAAUAUUGUUGCACCUGAGAAAUGAAGACUGAUUAUCUUAGAAUUCAGUGUUGAAGAAUAUACCUUAAGUUAGUCAUCACUAUAUAAGUCAGUCAUCGCAAUGUAACUUACUUGAAUAUUAAUUUAUAAGUUUUAAAUUGUGGUAAAUAUUUUUCAUUCUUCUGUACAUAAUAAUUUUCCACUAAGUAUUUUUUGAGUAUUUUCGAACAGUUUAUUAACUGUAGAGGCAACCUUGUAUAAAAAAUAAUAUUACUCUCAUUUUUCUGCUUCUAUCAAAACCAACAUAAUAUCAGGGUGGACAAUGUAACUUACUUGAAUAUUAAUUCAUACGUUUUAAUUUGUUGUAAAUAUUUUCCAGUAUUUUUGAGUAUUUCUUUUUGUAUAAAUUAUGAUAUUGUUUGUAUUGAUUGUUAUCUAUGCAGCAGUUUAUUAACUAUAGAGGCAACCUUGUAUAAAUAAUAAUAUUACUCUCAUUUUUUUCUGCUUUAUCAAAACCAACAUAAUAUCAGGGUGGACAAUGCAAUUUACUUAAAUAUUAAAUCAUAUGUUUUAAUUUGUUGUAAA